GGACUGGAAGAGCAGCCACAAUAUAGCAAUGAUCGAAGAGAACCUGACUGGGCUGCUUACAAUACCGAAUUUUCUAUUCAAAGCAGGCAUUGACUCCUUUAAAUCAGGUCUUGAGCUGGUAGUGGAGGUGAGUAUCCUCCCACCUCCUCACAGACCCUGAAUGUAUGAAUGAAGCUCUAGGUACUUGUCAGUGUGCUGCAGUUCUUAAUGGCUUCCAGCACUGCCAGUAAUUCUGCUCGGAGCACCCCAGCCUGCUCACCCAUCCUGAGGAAGCGAUCAAGAUCCCCAACACCUCAGAAUCUAGAGGGUGAGAACAUGGUGGAAAAGGGCUCAGACCAUUCCUCAGACAAAUCACCUUCCACCCCCGAACAGGGUAUCCAGCGAAACUAUUCUUCCCAAUCUGGUCGAAGCAGCAAGAACUCCAAGAAAAGCCAGAGCUGGUACAACCAUGAACGACAGCACAUCAUGAGAGUUUUGAGUCCAACAUACAAGCAACGGAAUGAGGAUUUCAGAAAGCUGUUUAAGCAGCUGCCAGACACAGAACGACUCAUUGUCGAUUACUCAUGUGCACUCCAAAGGGACAUCCUCCUUCAGGGGCGACUCUACCUCUCAGAAAACUGGAUCUGUUUUUAUAGCAACAUUUUCAGAUGGGAAACACUGCUCACUGUACGCCUCAAGGAUGUUUGUUCAAUGACAAAGGAGAAAACAGCCCGACUCAUUCCCAAUGCUGUCCAAGUUUGCACUGACACUGAAAAGCACUUUUUUACUUCUUUUGGAGCCCGGGACAGAACCUACAUGAUGAUGUUCAGACUCUGGCAGAAUGCACUGCUUGAAAAGCCUCUUUGUCCCAAAGAGCUGUGGCACUUUGUUCAUCAGUGUUAUGGGAAUGAACUUGGACUGACCAGUGACGAUGAGGAUUACGUUCCCCCAGAUGAUGACUUCAACACGAUGGGGUUUUGUGAGGAGAUCCCAGUAGAAGAAGUAGAGGUGAAUGAUAACUCAUCUAAAAGCAGCAUAGAAGUAAAGACGGAUGCCAGUCCUCAGAUGCACAAGAAAUCAGUCACGAACAGCACACUAACCUCUACAGGGAGCAAUGAGGCUCCUGCCUCAUUUGAUGGUCUUACAGCAGAAGACGAAGUUGAUUGUCAGCUAGAAGGUGAAAUAGCAGCUCUUCAGGUCAUUGACAAGAAUGAGAUCAGUUUGUCUGUGAACUCUCCAUCUCUGGACUUCAAUGAUAAUGAGGACAUUCCAACAGAGCUGAGUGACUCCUCAGAAACACAUGAUGAGGUGGGACUAACUACAGCUGAUUUUAAAAAACUGAAGACAGGUGAAGUACAAGCAUUCUAUGAAGACCUCAACGGCCGACAGUACAUUAAUGAGGUUUUUCAUGUUAAUGUGGACAAGCUAUAUGAUUUGCUCUUCACUGACUCCCAGUUCCUACGCGAUUUCUUUGAGCAGCGGCGGUUCACUGACAUGGUUAGUCAUCCCUGGAAGAAGGAAGUUAACGGCAAUCAGACUCGAGUGAUAUUGUACACUAUUGCUCUCUCAAAUCCACUUGCACCAAAAACUGCCACAGUCACUGAGACCCAGACAUUGUACAAAGCCAGCCAGGAGAGUGAGUGUUAUGUGAUCGAUGCAGAAGUGAUCACUCAUGAUGUUCCAUAUCAUGAUUACUUCUACACAAUCAACAGAUAUAGCCUUACACGGGUUGCAAAGAAUAAAAGCAGGCUGAGGAUAUCAACAGAACUAAAGUAUAGGAAACAGCCUUGGGGGUUGGUGAAGUCGUUUAUUGAGAAGAAUUUCUGGAGUGGUUUAGAUGACUACUUCAGACAUUUAGAUAUUGAGCUUGCAAAAGUAGAGAAACAAUAUGCUGCUGAACUGCACAGGCAAUCUCCAAAAGACAAAAACAACAAAUCAUCCACAAUUCGGCGGAGAAAACGACCUCACAUUCAUGUGCGAGGCCAGCAUCUCGAUGAAACCGCCAGUCCCGUUACCACACCAACUGACGAAGAGGUGGGCCAGAGGAUUAAACAUGUGGCAGGUUCCACUCAGACAAAACACAUCCCUGAAGAAAUUCCAGGAGGAAUUCAGCUUUACAGUGUUUCCAAGUUAUUGCUCAUCAUCACCUUUGUGAUCUGCUUAAGCCUGGUGUUACUAGUAUUUCUGAAUAUGAUGCUGUUUUACAAGCUGUGGAUGUUGGAGUAUACAACGCAGAGUCUCACUACUUGGCAUGGGAUCAGGCUCCAGGAGAGCAAACUGCCCCAGUCUCAGGUGGAAUGGGCCCAGUUAUUAGAGUCACAACAGCGUUACCACGAUGCUGAACUACAGAAAUGGAGAGACAUUUUAAAGUCAUCAGUGGUGCUUCUAGAUCAGAUGAGAAACUCGUUAAUAUCUCUACAAAAAGGCAUUGGUUUACGUGAUUACAGUUCAGAAACAGACAAGCAUGAUCGAUUUCACUGAUGGGCAUUACCAAGGCUGAAGAGGGAAUUGUGUGCAAUAUAUGUUAUGUAUAAAUUAUAUAUAUGUUAUAUAUAUAUAUAAAAGAAAUAAAAAGACACUGGAACCGCAGGCUGAGUUGGAUCCCCAGGAUUGCUGCCCCAAUCAGCAAAUUCACAAUUGACAAAACCAAGAUCCUGCACUGAUAUAAAAACUGUAGCAGAACUACUGAAGCAUUGUGGGAAACAACAGCCACACUAAUCUGCCUACACACUCCGGUUAUAAAUCCUAGAACAUUGUACUGUAAGUGUAACAUCUCACAAAAGCAUGUAAUAAUCUGUAGACUGUCUCUUUUAUGGAAGAUAUGUAACUGAAGUACCAUGUGAUCUUUGUUUAAAAUAAGGUAUUCAUCAGACAGAGAUAGGAGCGGGGUGAGGAUCUUGAAGCUGUUACUGGUUAAUUGUGCCUGCAGAAACACCGGAUACAUCUUAGUUAAUAUUAACAAAAUUAAUCCGAUAUAUUGAUUCUGGCUCAGAGUGAAUGGUUUAAGAAACUGUGAAUAUCUGUAUUGAAAAAAACUUGAAGAUUUUCUAAGUUACAAGUGAAAAGUAACUGGAAUCCUGAUGCAACUGACUUAGUUAUUUAUUAUUGUUAAAAACAGUCUAAACAAUCUAUCAUAGGCAGGUCCAACGAUAUAUAGAGCAAAAGUGUGUUCAGCUCUGAUAUCCUCAUGGCAGCAUGUCUACGAGUUGCAGAUCGCUCAUCUGAUACUUGCAGAGAGCAUCUGUGAAGCCUGAUUAUGAAGCAUUCCAUGUUUUAUGAUGAAAUGGUAUCAGUUCGUCAGGGAUGAGUUUCGUGAUCAGCACUGUUAACAUAGUGAGGCACCUACAAGAGAAGUGUGAGACCCCUGAGAAAUGUGAUGUCGUGUUUAACUGUGCUGCAGAGGUAUGGCAUGGUAGUCUAAUCAAUUUUAAGUUUCAUGGUUGUCUGGUGGAAAAUUGAAGAAUUAUAGAUUAGUGUAGUUAAUCUAUAAAUGUUCCAGACUGAAAAAAUUAAAAUGAUUUCAUUUUUCCAACAGAAGUCAAUAAGCCAGAGUUUAAGAAAAGGAAAAUAUUAAAGAUUUGUCUUAAAGAUCACUGUGGAAUUUGAUUCACAGAUCUGACAGGAUCUUAUUAAAUGCAGUGAGAUUUUUGAGUGUCCUGUCACUUGAUGAUAUCUGUUACUUGAAAAGCAUAGGGAUUGUGCUGUGCACUUGCUAAUCCAGUAUAUUACAGAUGCAAUAUUUAGUGACCAAAAUUCAAUGUGGUUGUCUUAUUAGAACAGAAAUCCAGGCAGUUGUAAGUGCAAAACGAUGCAUGUUGUGUGAUGGGAUAGGUGCAGAAUUGAUAAAACCAAGUAGCAACAGUCAAGUGGUUUAAUCCACUCAACACUGAACUAGUGGAUGCUGGCGCUUUAACCUUUGGUGGGCAAUUUGCAUUAAUAAUGCAAGAAUAAAACAGAUUCAAAGUGGAUUUCUAAAAUGAAUAUGGCCUGUUAAAAUACAAUCUUUAAACAUGGGUCCACGAAAAUUGGUGCUCACCUAUGAGCUGUUUGGGUAUGAACAAAUAAUCAGCUAUUAACAUAGUCCAAGAGAAUAAAUAUUUAAAUAGGUUUUUUUUAUAAAUAUAUUGUGUCAGGACUAAUGUGUGAACUGAUUGAAUUGGAAGAUAUGAUGUAAGGGUUAACAGGUGGAGAAUUGCCUCUUCAUUUUGUUCAAAGAUUUGAUCAUUCAUUUAUGACAAUUCUUUUCAAUAAAAAUCCCUGAGCUGAUGUAGUUAAAGUUGGUGGGACAAAUUGAAGGGAGGUCAGGGAAUUCUGGCAAUUUGAAACAAAAUAAUUUUGAUGAAUUUAAUACUCAGUGUGAAAUUUGUGGCAUCUUGGCCUAUGUAUUUCACGGGCAGCUGUAUUACUCUCCAGCAUUAUAGAUUGUGUUAGGAAUAUUUACUAGUCAAAUGAAAAACUGAAAUUUCAAAGACAUCCAAUAAUUUCUAGAACGAGAACUUGGCGAUUUAGAUUUAUUAAGUAUAUAUGAACUCCAGUAACUAACCAUAUAAAUACACCUUAUCUAAGGGUGUUUUGUCUGGACAAUUAUUAGAUAAGUGAUACAGCUGCCAAUAUCUACCUUUUCAGUAGAGUCAGAAAAAGUAAGAUUUGAUGUUAAAUAUGAGGUGCUUUUAAUAUGACUGAUACAAGAUUUUAAAAAGAAAAGGUUGCUUUCUAAAAUGAACAAAGCAUUCUAUUGGUCAGACAUUUUUGCUGCCAAUCAGAAAUUAUUUAGCAAUAUUCCGUUAAGAAGAGGUGUGAAUGGCCAGUCAGCAGACUGCAUAUUAAAUUGUGCAGACAGAUAUGCCUAAAUGCACUAUUUCCACAUAAAAACUGAAUUUUUCAGUGCUUUGGAUUGUGUAGCCCACAAUAUUUUGUCUUAAGGACAUGCCUAAUGUGAACCAUGUCCCUGAUUUUAAAUUGUUGGAAUAUUGAGAAAGGCAGUGUCUGAUUGCUGUGUAGAUUUUGGAUGGCAAAUGCUGACAAAUCCAUUUCUAACUAAAUUAUGGCAUCAUAUUUUCUUUAAGCAGGUCAUCCUCAUUCAGUGCUGCAUUCACUUUUGUUUUUUUUAAUUGAACAUUGCUUCUACACUCAACAAGACUAGUAGAAUCAUAAAUCUUUGCAGUAUGCCACUGAGCAGAUUCAGUAGGUUGUAUUUGUGAUGUCAAUCACUCCAUAUAUAGCAUCAUGUUGAUGAGUAUGAGCUUUCCUUUUUGUGCUAUAGUAGUAACUUAUUUUUUUUUAAUUCUGGAUUACACUUUUGUUGCCUUUAAUAUUUAAUUUCAUUUCUUCAAUUAUGAGAUACAAAAUAGUCAGAAAAUAGAUUUGCACUGUAGAAGAAAAAAAUGGAUAUCUUAAUAGUGUCCAGCUGCUUAUGCUCAUUAUAUUUUUAUUUCCGUGCUUGGUAUGGUAUAGGAUUGCCAGAAUAUAAUGAAUUGAUUUGAAUCUUUUGUUUUUAAAUUAGCUAAUAUAUGUGGCUAGUUUUGUUCUUAGUGUUUACAUUAUGUGUAACACCAAAGGUCAGUCAAGCCAGAUUUGUGAAUAGUGAAAAGGUCAGAUCUGAGGGUAGGUUUACAAGCCUAUAGUGAGUGAGAGUGUGUAUGAGUGUGUGCAUGGGAAGGCUAAUUUGCACAACAUACAGAAAAUUCAGAUUGCUGUGACAGACUACUGGUUGUUAACCCAUGAAUCAAAUUUCAGUUGCAGAGAGGACACUGUUGAACAAAUCAAAAUGAAAGCAGAUUCUCAUCAAAACUGAGCUUUUAUUUUGCUUGAAAUAUAGAUGAGCCAAUACAUUGUUCAGUGAGUCACCUUAUUGAAAUAUCCCACAGCUUUCUAUUAAAAAAAAUUGAAAAUUGUCCUAUUUGGAAAUCACAAAGCUUUAGGACGUAUAUUCUAAUGAAUUUUAUGGGAGCAAUAAAAAUCCUGUUGGAUUUUUGAUGAGGAUGAUGUUUUUAUUUACAUUCUUAUACAUUGUUUUAGUUUCUGUUUUAAUUGGAAUAAUGAGUAAUAGUUUGGAUGACCUGGUUGAAGUUUCAUAAUUUCUUUUUUUUAAACAAAGUUAGCAUAAUUUUACCAUUGUAUAAUUACCAUGUUGUGACACAGGUGGUAAAGUGUCUCCCAUGCCUGAAAAUAAUUUGUGACCAAAAGAAUUGAGUCAAGCAAAGGUAGAAAUGAUAACAAAUUUUGGUAUACUUUAUUGAUAUCAUUUAUUUCUAAAUCAUUUUGUAAUCAUAUGGCACUUUUGAAACAUCAAUGUAUUAAUAUUGCUUAGAACUAAAGUGCUUUUGUCCUCUAUUGAAAAAGAUACAAAUAAUGUGUAUGAAUGUUCAAAGCCUACUUGUACAUAUUUAAGCUCUUAUUUGCUUUCUUUAUGUUCAAGCUCAUGGUCGUCUAUAUUGGCCAUCUUUUAUGUCCUGAUUUCUGUAUUUAAUGGUUAAACAAGAUUGAACACUGCAUCUAUCAAUCAUUCCCAAAUUCAGUAUAUCCUGAAAUCAGGUUACAGGUAAAGGAGAUGCCAUGUUUGAUAGCAGAGGGAGCUGUACAGUCACUGGCACUUAAUGAUUGAUGUGAGCCUGUAAAUUUGCUUCCCAGACCUCCAUCAUGGAGGACAGGAAGCAUGUGUUCAUUGCGAACUGGUAGUGGGUUGUAGCCCAUAGGUAAAGACCAAAAAUCAUAUGCAUAUGCAAUUAAAGGGUCUAACCCUUCCAUGAGGCCUCUACCAGAGUUGGUUUGCCCUAAGGCUAUCAGUGCUGGCACUGGUUACACUUUGGGGAAACUAGUUUUUACAUGCAGUGCAUGGUGGUCAGAAAGGGACCACAUUAGACCACAAAUGAUAGGAGAGAGGUUUCAAAAUAUACUUACUAAAUAUGGAACCAGUGAGAGUAGGAUUGCUGCUCCUUAUCCCACGUUUAGUGAUAUUGCCAGUCAUUGCUUUCUCACUCCCUAGAGUUACUGCUACUUUUCCCCCCUUGAUCAUCUGCACUACUUCCUCCCUUAAAAACUGCUUUCUUCCCACCUUUUCCUCCCCAUUUCUUGUCUCUGUCCUUAUUCUUCCACUCCAGUUAUUUAAUUAUUUGCAUGAAGGCUGCUGCUGUUGACAUGGUGGUAUGAUCAUCAAUUUCUCAUUGAGGCCAAAUAUAAGUUGUGUCACAAAACUCACCAGUCAAACAUAAGAAACUAUCCCUGUGACCUCCCAUCCCUUCCCCAAAUUCAAGGAGCACAUUCAUGGCGAAUAUAGGGAUAUCUGAACUUCUAGGCUUCAGACCUUAGAGUUUGCACCAUUCUUCCAUGGAUACAUUGCAGCAGUUUAUGUUGCACACCUACUAAAUCUAUAAUUCAGGCACUGUCUGCACUGCAGUCAUCCUCCUGGUCAUUGCUUAUUGCUCAAGGUAAAGCCUGUAUUAUUGCAUUUUCUUUUCCUUGGACUCAAAGUAUUGUUUCAGGAAAAAAUAAACAGCUCAUAAAGUGUUUUGCAGAGUCAGUUACCGCACUAAUGUUGAAAUGUUAAAUUCUGUUUCGGGCUCUGCUGUGUGGUGCAAAAAGUAGAUCCACAGUGGAAUUUGCUGUUCAAGAGUGCUUUAUGGGCUGUGUAUUUUCAGCAAUAUAUGGAAAGCAUUGUAUUGAACUGAUUGCAGUUUCACAAAACAUUGAACAAUAAUCAUUGUACUGUAUGCAGGAUUUGAAAAUGUGAAUAUGAGAAGAAUAUAAUUUAAAAGGGACAGUGUCUGCCUCAUAGGUUACUCAUCUUGUUUGUUUGUAUUUAAAUAAUGCAAAAAAUCAGAAAAGUACAGGCAACCCCCACGUUACAGGGAGGUUGCGUUCUGAGAAAACGGCCCGUAUACACGAUUUUCCUUAAUGUCAAGCCGCGUCAACUGCACAUGCGUCAAGAAACAAGAAUUGAAAAAAUAGUAUUCUUUUUAUUGAUUUUAUUUUUUUUCCACAAAAAUUCCAUGAGAGCAAAUUUUAUUCUGUUUCUCAAAUUUGGUUGUGAUUGUGAAUUCUGUAAGGACGAAUUUCAGUAACCCGAACAGCCAUAACGCAGGGGCUGCCUGUGCUCAUAAUUGUUGCAUUGGGAUAUUUUAAAUUGGCAUGGCUAAUGGAGAAUUGAACACAUUAAUGUUUACUUCAACCUUUUAAACCUGAUACUCAGUAACACAUCAUUGUUUCUGAUUCUACAAUAUUAUCAAUUGAAGAAAAUGCAAAAGAUUUUCAUGUGUACAAGAAUGCAGUGAAAACUAUUGUUGUAAAUGCCCUAAUUGUACAAACUGAUUCCUCUAUCCCAUUGUUUCAAUUAAGUAAUCUCUCAAAUGAAUUGCUCCCCAAGGGAAAAUUUUCCCUUUUUAAUAUGAUCUUCCCAUUGAACAGCAUGAUUGUUAACUGGCUGAUGCUGUACUAUAAUGUAAUUUAGUUCAACUAAACAUUGCACCCACUCCAGGCAGAUAUUUUUUUUAAAUAAGAUGCAUGUGGAUCUGAUGCAACCAUCAUCAGAUGAAGUGAGGUAAAAUUGAAUUGUGUGGCUUGACUAUGCCAUGACAUAAUGUAACAAACUAUCUUAAUGUGCAUUCAAGAAAAAGAUACAUUUUUUUAAGAACUGUUUUGAUCUCCAUAUUAUGAAACCUAACUAUGAACUUUGCGCUGUGCGCAGGUUUAGUUUUAAUACUCUUGCCUACUAGAGUUUAGGUUAUCAUGGAAACCCACCUGCAAGUUCAUGUAAAGUAGAACAAGCUAUGAAUAAAAAGUGUUGGAAAAAAU